AUACUAGCUACCUAGUGGACGCAGACUUGUAUAUAAAUACAGGGUAUCUGAUCAGCAAAAAUCAGAAUCAAACAGAACUCAAAAUGAACAAGGUAUUCAUCACUCUAGCUCUUCUUCUCGCCGUUACGGUGGCCGUUCCCCAAGGCAGGUUUUUCGGCGGCGGUGGCUUUGGAAGACCCGUUGUUGGACUGCGUCCCCUUGGUGGUGGCUUUGGUGGUUUGGGAGGAGGAGGACUUGGAGGAUUUGGAGGAUUGGGAGGCUUUGGCGGCUUUGGAGGAAGUGGAAGUGGUGCCGGUGCUGGAACAGGAUCUGCCGGCCCAGGAGGAGUGUCAGCUUCAGGAGUUGGCAUUUCCAGUGCCCAGAAUGGUGGAUUUGGAACUGGCAGUGGAAGCGGAACCGCUGGUUCAAAUUUCUUCACUGGCCAGAAUUUCGCUACUGGUGAUGGAAGCGGCCAAAGCUUCGGCAAAUAAAUUUUCUAUUCCUCUCCAUCUUUUUAAAUAUUUGCGACUAAACUGUACAUUGUAAAACAAGUUCAAUUUAAUAAAAUUAUUUGCAAUUCUA